CUUUGAAUUUUCAAGGGCUUCACACCGCAGCUUCCGAUUCUUUAUUGGAUUCAAAGCUAUUGCGGUACGGGUGCGUUGCUGAAUACCAGCAGGUUCCUGGCCAGCGAUGGCCAUGAAGGUUCUACAGGCCUUCCUGUAUCUUUGUAUCUUCGACCAGAGUUCAGGACAACCCAUUCAAGUGGGAACCUAUGUGACUCAAGAUGAUCUUGACAUGGCAUCUCAAGCUGCAGCGAAAGCUGAGCAGGCUUGUGCAAUCGCUUCAUCAAUGACAAUCGAGGACCGUGCAACUGCCCGAGCUCAGCUAGAGGAUGCCUCCGCGAACAACAUCCUUCUUGAAAUCAUGCAGGCAGCUCGAAAUCAAAAUGAGCUGCAGACGUUGGCCGCAGAGAAGCUCCCGGGAGCAAUGAUCGGGGCAGCUGCACCCCUUAUCAUGUUCUUUAUUAUCCUGAUCAUCUAUGCUCUGAUUUGCUGCUGGACGGCUUGCCCUUUCUGCAAAUGCUGUCGUUGCUGCCAGAGGCAGAGAAACAUUCCCUUCUUGGUGAAACUGAUUGCCUUGGUGCUGAUCGGCAGCUUUGUUUUGGCGCUGGUGAUCGUCAGCAGCCUUUCCACUCGCGGCUAUGCUAGCGCACAAGAAGGCUUUGAUGUCACCAACUGCGCUGCGGCUACCUUGGUGAAUUCUACCUUCACAGGGCAAAGCGACCCCUAUUUCUUGGGUUUGAUCCCAGUGCUCAGCAUUUUUGAUGAGCUAGAAGGCAGCUUGUCGAGCGGUUCAAGCUUCAUCAAUGAUCUCCGCGCUAUACUUCUGGACACAAGCGUCAUCACAGACUCCGUAGCUGUUGCAACAGAGAAUGUGAACUUGCUGGCAAGCAUGCUAUCGGACACACGAAACACUGCACCGGCUGGAACAUUGCACGAGUGUCUUGCAUGUACUCCAUUGGCCACCUCACUCUCCCAGGUCAGUAACGCGCUCUCGUCUGGCACAGCCGCUGCUUUGAGUGCGGCACGUGUGGAAGUGGACAAUCAAUUGUCUGGCAGUUCAUUAACAACGCUCCGCGCUUCUCUCACUGGUGCCACAGCUCCUUUGGUUGAACUAAAGACAACGAUCAAGUCUGCCUUCGCCCCAUUUGUGUCUGAUACUUUGAUGGAGCAAAUCUCUGAGCAGCUGAAUGCCAAUGGGACUAUCGCAAGCGUGUUCAUGAUUGGCCUUGCAUUGAUUCUGUCGCUUUGUGCUAUGAUAGCAGUCUUGCUGUGGAUGUGCUGGGAGAAAUCUAGCUCGCCAGAUUAUGCGGACAGAAAACAAUAUCACAAGACUGUCCAUCGAUGUGCCUGCUGCACCUGGUGCUGUAGUUGUUACUACACGAUGCUGGCAUUCUUUUUGGGUGGGCUCCUGACGAUUCUGGCUGUCCCCUUGGCAUCCAUGUGCCUAAUUAUGGAGGACAUCUCCAGUGGACUCCUGACCGAUAUUUCAGGCGUUAUGGAGGUAGACAUGUCUGGGGAGCAAGGUGCCAUGAUGGGAAAGAUGAUUGAUCAAUGCCUCAAAAAUGCCAGUGGAAAUCCACGGCUCUUGGACCUUAUCACAGUUGACGAUGUGAACGGCAACCCAACGACCAUGUAUGACUUGCUUGUGGUGCAGACCCAGGACCAAAUUACUUCGCAGUUUGACCAAAUCGGCGCAACUGUGAACAGUGGCGGUGGUGCCGGCAUUGCGGGCUCGGCGGAAUUUGUGACGCUUAAAAGCAUGUUGCAAACUGUUGCUUUGGACUCGUUAAUGGUGCCUUCGACCUCAUAUGCGUGGGAGAGCGAUCCAGAUUAUCAGGGCAUCUUCCUGAACUCCGAAAUCGCACCGUUCAUUGCGUCAUCAGCCAGAUGUACCUCAGAGACAAUCCCCAUGAAUCUUGGAUUGCCCAAAGAAGGAGAACCAGUGAGUGGAAUCAAUGCUUUCCUCAGCACCAUGACCAGUUCUUACACACUCUCUUCCACCUCAAGAUCACCAACUUGUGCCGCUGACUUCACUUGCAAGGCUCUGGGCGUUGGCGCCAAUGAUCUCAACGCCACAGAUAGAGCUGCUUGCGAGGCGGCAAGGAAACUUAUGGAUCUCAAGUAUGACAUGAGGUCCAGAAAUUUCAAGUGCUAUCAUUUUAUGCGAGAUGGAGUCGUCCCGUGUGAUGUUAGCUCCAUGUCUCAACUUGGGAAUGGUGCCUGGACUGGCGACUGCAAGAAUGCUGAUGGCACAUUCACAGUUGCCAGCUAUGACUGUGAUCUAGCCGCUUUUGUCCAGCUGGUGCAGGACUACGGCGGCUAUUUGGAUUUGGUCUUCACCCGCCUAGAUGGAUCGACGACUGCAGCCUUGAAUAAGAUUCAGGUGGACCUCAAAGCUUUGCCGGAUUCAAACUUCCUGAGCAAGAUCACCACCAUCGGUAAUGGGGUUACAUGCGGCUUCAUGGGGGAUGCAUAUCAGAACGUGGUGGAGGGCCUGUGCUAUGGCGGCGUGUGGGGCAUCAAGGCAGUUGCGAGUUCUUACACUGCCUGUGCAGUCCUCACUUUGCUUUUGAUCAUCCUUAUGUACAUACAAUGGCGAUUGGCACUUGACAACGUGAACUCAAACGUGAAGAUUCUGGAUCAUACAGCUGUGGUGCCAGCAUAGAUUAUUCUCUUUGCGAAACCGGUUGAAGGAGGUCACGACGAAUGUGAAGAGCAGUGAUGCACCUCACAUGAAAGUGCUGGAUGUAAGAUGUGCUUGACUGAGCAAUCCAGGCACCUACGUCACCUUAAAGGAAGCUUUAGCUCUGUUGCAGGCCCAGACAAGUGGCUUGCAGCACUUCUCUUUAGGAGAACUUGAUUUGAAGUUUCAACCUUGGGGAUCCGCUGUCAAGCUUUUGAAGCUUGUUGCUGC